CUGAUUGGCCACGGGCAAAGGGGCGAGGUGGCUUGAUUAGCGCUGCUUGCCUGGAGGUGCCUGGGACCCUGGACCCGGGAUCCGGGCUGCGAGCCUCAGGAAGUCCGGAAAACCGCAGAUCUUAGGUUGGCUGGGGAGGGAGCAAGGACGGGGCCAGGGACGCGCAGAAUCCCAGUACCUUGCUUGGAGUGGACGCUGACAGUGCCAUUGAAAAGUCGUGCAUGCAAGUGACAAGAAAAGCUGGAGAGAAGCCCAAAUGGAUUAACUGAAGCCCUAGGGAGAGACUAAAAGGUGCACUGGCUGCAUUCUGAGUCCCAGGACUGUGGGAAGUAGCCACUGGAUUACAGGCAUGUUGUGGAAGUUGCUGGUGAGAUCGCAGCCUUGCAGGCUGUGUUUUUUCAGAAAGAUGCAAUCAACUCCAAAAUACAAACCCUUUCUAGCAUACUUUACAACAGACAGGCAGUCAAACAAAGAAAAUAAAAGAACAGUGGAAACGCUCUAUAAAUUUUCAGUUGACAUUAGGAAAAUUCGAAGUUUAAAAGGAUGGGUACUUCUGGAGGAUGAAACCUAUGUUGAAGAAGUUGCAAAUAUUUUACAAGAACUAGGUGCUGAUGAGGCUGUAAUAGCCAGUAUUUUGGAACGCUGCCCAGAAGCAAUUGUCUGUAGUCCAGCUGCUAUUGACACCCAGAGAAAACUCUGGCAGUUAGUCUGCAAAAAUGAGGAAGAGUUAGUCAAGUUAAUAGAGCAGUUUCCAGAAUCUUUCUUUAUUGUUAAGAACCAGGAGAACCUAAAGCUCAAUGUUCAGUUCUUUCAAGAGCUGGGAUUCAAGAAUGUAGUCAUUAGUAGAUUUCUGACAACUGCAUCCAAUAUUUUUCAUAAUCCUGUUGAGAAGAAUAAGGAAAUGAUAAAGCUCCUUCAAGAGAGUUACCUAAAUGUAGGUGGCUCUGAGGCCAACAUGAAAGUCUGGCUACUAAAAUUAUUAAGCCAAAAUCCAUUUAUUUUGUUAAGGUCUCCUACAACUAUAAAGGAAACACUAGAAUUUCUCCAGAAGCAAGGCUUUACAAACUUUGAAAUUCUUCAACUUCUGUCCAAACUCAAAGGAUUUCUUUUUCAACUUUGUCCAAGAGGUAUCCAGAACAGUAUUUCCUUCUCUAAAAAUGCUUUUGAAUGCACAGAUCAUGACCUGAAGCAAUUAGUUUUGAAAUGUCCUGCUCUUUUAUAUUAUUCUGUUCCAGUUUUAGAAGAGAGAAUUCAGGGAUUAUUAAAAGAAGGAAUUUCCAUAGCUCAAAUAAGAGAGACACCAAUGGUUCUCGAAUUAACGCCACAGAUAGUUCAGUACAGAAUAAGGAAACUAAAUUCUUUAGGCUACAGAAUAAAGGACGGACACCUAGCAAAUCUAAAUGGAACAAAAAAAGAGUUUGAAGCUAACUUUGGCAAAAUUCAAGCCAAAAAAGAGAGGCCAUUAUUUAACCCUGUGGCACCAUUAAAUGUUGAAGAAUGACUUACUGACUGAUGUUACUUCUUCUUAACAAUAAUGAAACAGAUUCUCAGAUACUUAAGCAAUUCAGGCAGUUAAUGGGCACCAGUAAUUUUAAGGACCUAGCUUCUGAGGUGUUAUCUCUGAGUAGAUGAUCUGUGACUCAUUUGCAUAUUUUAAAAUACAGACUGGUUGUGGUGCACAUCCCUAUAAUCCCAGAGAUUCAGGUAGCUAAAGCAGGAGGGCCCCAAAUUUAAGGUCAGCAACAUAGGUCCUAAGCAACUCAAUGGGACCCUGUCUCAAAAAAUAAAGAUGGCUGGGGAUGUAGCCUAGUUGUAAAAGCCCUCUGGGCUCAAUCCCUAGUACAAAAAAAAAACCCAAAAUACAAACUGCACUUUUUACAAAGUUGUUAAUUCAUUGUCCUUGAACUAUUAUUCCAAAAACUCUUGUACUAUUCAAUGGCACAUCAGUGUGAAAAUUUAUAAGUGAAUCAUUUCUAAAAAUUGACAAGUACACUCCCUUAAUUCAAAAUAUGGGAACAUUUACUCAUGUUUUAUUGAAGAUGUAGAUAGUCUUCCUUAUUACCAGCCCUGAAACAUCACUUUGCUUUUACGUGAAUUGUAGCUUAGUGUUAGUGAAGCAUUAGCAAGCUUCUGACACCUUUUUUUUUUUUUUUUGAGAACUUGUGUUUGGAAUAAAUACUUUUGAGAACCAAGUAUUACUAAUCCAAAAGUAGUACAGAAGCCUACCUUUGUGGCCUUUUUGAAACCAAUCAACCAUUAUCUCUCAUGAAGCACUUAUGUGCAUUCAGUAUUUUCCUCAUUUUACAGAGGAAACAAACUUAGAGAUGUUAUUCAGCUGCCAAGUAGGAGAGCCUAGAUUUAUUCAGAUCUGGCUUCUGUUCAAACCUUAUGAAUAGAAAGGAUCUCAUUCUAAGUGUGAAGGAGAACACUUGCAUAGUUUUGUCCUGGCAUUAAUCAGUAAUAUGUUCUCUUUCUUGCAAACUCUCUGGUGCUCUCUCGAAAAUAUCUGUUUAGAUACACUAAUCAGUUGGUUUAGAUACAUCUAACCCGGUGAUUAGAUGUCAAUUUUGAGAUGCCUAUUAAACAUUCUAGCAGGGAUGUCAAAUGUGCAAAUGACUAAGUCUGGAGUUGUCAAAACUGGGGAUACACAUUUGAGGAUCAUUUGCAUACUGUGGUAUUUAAAGCCAUGGGUCUAGAUGAGAUUGUCUGGAAUGUAGAUUUGGAAUUAAGACAGCUGUGAGCAUGGGAAAAGUUGAUCAGAGGAAGAAAAGAAGACAUGGUCUGUAACAAUUCCAAUGGGAGGUCAACUAUGGUAGAGAAUUGCCGCAGUCUGGCUGGGCACAAAAUCACGAGCCACUCAAGCAGGAACAAACUUUAUUUUCUGAAACUGCCGCCAAUGCCCCGUAUGCCCCCCCCAACAAUCCCGAUUCCUGGAAUUCCCCCCCCCCCCAGCAAGUUCCUCUCCCGGAAUUCCCUCCUACUGUAUCCCCAACCAAUGGGAACUCUCCAGGAGUCCCAUAGCAGGCCAAGGUGAACAGCAGGAGUCCAAUAUCCAUAUGAAUGCAAAUCUUAACAAUCAUAUCUCAAUGGCUAGCUGGUGUCACCUUUCAACCAAAAAUGCCAUGCAUCAUAUUACUUGGCUGUGGCUCUUAGACUAGCAGGUUUGCAAAAAGGAAAGUAUUGAUUAACCCUGUGAAGAGUGUUUCUGGUGUAAUGAAGAAGGUGAGAAGGCCAACUGGAGUGGAUUGUAAAGAGAAUGGGAGACAAGGAAAAGUCAUUUUGCUGUGAAGGAAAAAAUUUUAAAUGAAGUUUCAAGAUUAAUUUUUGUUUAAAGAACAUGUUUAUAUGCUGAAGGGUAUAACCCAAGAGACACAAAUAAGAGAUGGAAAACUGCAAGAUUAAUAGCCUUGAGGAAGGAAGGAAGAUUGACUUUGGUUAAGAGCAGAGAUUCUGGUCCUAGUCCACAGAGCCUGGGAUAGACGUAGGCAGGUUGAUGGGAGCCAGUGGAAUGAAAAGCAGGGGAGGGGCUGUCUAGUUGCCUCUUUGCAAAUGACAGUAGAAUCAGGGAGGAAACAAGUAGAAGGUUGGAAAUAGAGGAAGUCAUUUGAGAGGAAAGUAAACACACAAUGGAAGGGGAGGAUAAUUGGACAAAACUUCAAUAGCCCACGUGUCCUUUCCGGACACUGAUUUAAAAAGAAACUAUAGUCAAUAUAUAAGUUAAAAUUUUAGGUCCUCGGGUCCAGGCACAGGGAACCAGAGGCAGUUAGAAAAUACAACUAUAGCUUAUUCCAUAUUUGAAGAUUACCAUUUUUUUAAAAACAGAUCCACAUUUAUGGUCAGUCCAGCAAUUAUACUGACUUUAUUUUCCCUUAGGCCAAAUUCCAUUCCAUUGUUUGUUUGGCCUCUGAAAUAGUUUUGCUUUGCCUUUUCUCCAUUCUUACAUUCUCCUAUCUCCAUAUGAAAUAAAACUUUUAAAAAACUGAAAAUCUACAGCAUGGCAAGGGGAGCUUUUCUUGCAUGAAACACUAGUCAAUUUCAUUUCCUCUUUGAGAAAAGGUUCUAAUAACAAAAUUAAAUUGCCUUCAAUUUAUGUAUGAUUACAUUAAACUUAUUUCUACAGCAAAAUAAAAUUUGUUGCCACAGUAAAUAUGAUCACCUGGCAUUACUCCAGUAAGCUUCCUGAUAAAUCAAACAUACAGCCUACAUUGAAUAUCAACACCAGAAGGAAAGACUGGCUACUGAACAGGCCCAUUUGUUUCUGGACCUAAGCUGGAGAAGUUGUGACUGACACUAAUUCAAAAUCAAUACAGGAAAUUCAACUAACAAUGUGAAAGUUAGCCAGUUCUGCAUUUGUAAAAAAAAAGGUUUUGAAGAUGUUUCUGGCCUAAACCUUAUGCUGAUUAAAUGAUGUAGGCUAGGACCUGGCAGGAAAGCAGAUGCCCAAUAAGUAGUAGUUUCCUACCUUCCUCCCCAUUGUUUCUCAUUUCUGCCCAUUGAGUGGUCUAAGAGGUGCUCCCUACUUUAUAAACUCCUUCCCCAGUUUCAGACUUCAGUGUGCACAGUAACCUUCAGAGGUUGUUAAAAUGCAGUUCUGGGCUCUAUCCUGCAGAGAUUUGGCAAACUGAGGUAAAACCUAGAAAUCUGCAUUUUUAAUCUAUUACGGGUGUUUAAAAUAUAUUUCACUGUUAUGUUGGAAUGUUAUGUUUGUACAUUAUUAUCACAAAAAUUAAAAACUGGAUAUAGCACUUUCUAAACUGCUAUGUAACUAAGUUUUAAGAUUAUCCUGUAUUUAAAUUUCCUUUAUUUCUCCAUCUUUAUGAAACAUUUCACCUUUUGCAGAUCAUAGUGCUUUAUUAACAAGUUCAUGUUUGUUUCCCAUUCUUUAAUACAAAAAAAUUAAUCAUCAAUUAUUUUCACUUGACAUUUUGGUAAGUACAGGAUUCAUGUCAACAUUAUUAGAUCAGUCAUUCAAGUGGGUCACACAAGUUUAUCUUCAUUGUGCCAAAUACCCACUCAAAAAAUAAGCUGAGUAAGAUACCUCCAGGUGUAUAAAACGAUUGCAGUUUCUUGAAGUCAACGUCCUGUUUAACAGGUCAAAUUGCUAGUCUAUGUAAAUAAACUGGAAAAGACUUGAGGAUACAGCUGUACAUAUAUCAUCAAAGGGUAAGUUCAUUCAACAAGAACCUAAACUGUACAUUUGUACAGUUCUCUGCUACCAUUGCAAAAGCCCCUCUGAACAAAGUUGUGGUUAGAAUUUAAAACAAUCUGGAUGAAAUAAAAUGUACCAAGUAACUUUUCUGUAGCAGAAAUGAAUUAUAUCCAUUUUCCUCAAGCAAAUUUAAGACAAGCAAAGCUAAAAAUAAAUAUGCAAGCAUAUAGUAAACUAAAGUCUAUACCUUAGAAGAAAUUCAAGUACAAAACAGCAGGGCCUAUGACUAUGUAAGAUAAAUUAAAAAUACUAGCAAUGAAGCAGUAAUUUAUGUAAUAGCAGAAAACAAGUUCUCUAAUACCAUUACUUAGAUCAUUUAGCAUUUAUCUACUUUGGAGUUUAAAACAAAUUCCCUUUGCUAAUUAAAACAUUUGACCAAUAUACCAACAUAUUGCAUGAAAUAAAUGACUAUUUAAUUCCUCAUGGAUUGAACUCCUGAUGACUUCAGUUUUGUAUAAGUGAAAGGUUCAAGACCCUGUGAAGAUUUGCUCAAAAUUCCUGCUGGUAUUUAUGAAAGCUAAAAGUGAUAUUCUUAUCCAAUUGUUAAUCACAUUAUUAAUGUAAUAUUUGUAGUGGUUUAUAUAAGCCUCAGGUUUCAGAGUGAUCUGUUCAAGUUCUCAGAGAUACUAUGUUGAAUGACUUACUGGAGAACAUGACCCCAUUGCCCUUUCUUCCUCCCUUUGGGAGGUAGAGGAAGAAUGGGCAAAUUUCCAGACUUGAAGUGUAAAGAAAAUUAAGGGUUUUUUUCAGGAUCAAGGUAUAAUCCUCAGUUAUAAGGAAUGCCAAAUACAUGUGAAUUAUUAAAUUUUCAUGAAGCUAAACAUGAAACAAAAUUCUAGCUAUGUAACUUUGAGAAUGAAUGAGACAGGAUGACAAAUGUAGUAAGAUAUGACACAUUUGCCAUCCAUAAUCAAAAACUUCAAUUCCCUAUCUGAAAUUGAUUUGAAAAAUGGUAUGAAGUCUACAGUUGUGUUGAAGGACUGUAAGAUAUUUUUAAAAGCCUAUGUAAAUCAUAGAAAGCACUUAUAUUUUAUAUUCAAAACUGAUGUAUGGAGCCCAUUUCAUUCAGUUUAAAAGUCAGUCCUUACAUAUUUGUGAUUGCUUUUAUUGUAUUUUUAAAAGGGAGAACUACUGAUACUUUAAGACAUCCUAAAAAGACAGAAUAGGUGUGAAAGAUUCUUUUUAUAUCUUGGAUGCUUUUAGGUAAUUUUUAAAUACUUAAUAUUUGUUCCUCCUUAAUCUGAAACUCUUCCAACAUAGCUUCUGAACGGCUAAGAAAUACUCCUUAGGCACUGUUAGGUGAAUUAACAAUGAAGUAAGAAUCCAAGUUGAAAUAUACAAUUUGACCUUAACGACUUAACAGAACAGCUAACAAGCACUGUCUUAUCAACUGACAGCAAGAAAUGCCUUUAUCCCAUCACUCCUGAGAUUCUUAAGAGGGAAAACUAAUUUUACAACCUUGAAAAAAAAUCCAUAGAUAAUUAUAAGAACUGCACAUAUUUAAGGUAUUAGAAAAGAUGUUUUCUUUUGUAAGGCAUCAAUGAUUAAAUGAAUACAAUGCAUAUCUAACAAAAGAUGAUUAAUAUUAUCAUAAAACCAUUUAUCUUUUCUUUUAAACUUCUCAAAUUCCUGCUACUUUUGCCAGCUUAAAUAAGAAACAAAAUGCCUCUUGGCCUAAACAACUAUGGUUUUAAAAAACUAAGACAUCUGAAACUAUUAGGCACAUCAAAGGUACAGUUUAUGUAGUUCAAAGUUCCCUUUGUAAGGGGCAUGAGUUACCUGGCACAUUGUACAUAUGGAACUGUAAAGAUCAUCUACUAAAUUCAACUUUCACAUUUUUAGUCAAACUGAAAGACUUAUAGUAAAUAUUCAAACAUACCAUAUUUUCAGUUACAACUGAAUAAGAGUAACAUUUUACCAGAUAAAAACCUGGAAUUUGAGUAUGAGAAACCUUCAUACACUGUGCUAGUAUUGGUCUCUUCUUUUUAGAUGAAAGCCAGUCGUCAAUACUUUCAACACAGCAGUUUAGAAGAUAAACGUCCAAAACAGGUGACUUGGUUGUAGUCCAUAAUUUAGCAAUUCAAUGCCACUGGCAUCAUAAUGCUGUGGAGAGCAAUAUAUCUCCAUAUUUUAGUCAGAUUUGUCUUUCUUCUUUCCUGUUAAGGGCACUUUGUUUACAACAGCGGACCCAACAGCUGUAACACCUCCAGCCACAGCAGAAACACCCCCUUUCACCAGCCCUAUUCCCAUGGAAGGCACAGUUGUAACAGCUGUUUUGGUCACCUCCAGACUUUUUCCACCAAUCCAAGCUACACCACCGAUGGUGGCACCAACAGCUCCCUUUGUAACAUUGAAGAUACCCCCAGUCACACGGGACAACAUGCCUGGUUGCUGCUGUGGAUGAUCUUUCAUUGAACCUAAUGAGAGAAAAUAUAAUCAAAUAUAAAUAUAAAGAAAUAAUAUAAAUAUAAAUAUAAAGAGCAGUACAAAAGUCAUUGAACAGUCUCCCUCACAAUCAGAAAGUUGAUUUGAGAAGCCAACCAGUUGACUGAUUGAAAGACAUUGAGGAGUUCUUGCCUCGAGGGUAUAGUUUUGUAUACAUAUGCUGGUCCAAAACUAAGUUUUAAUACCUAUGAAAAGAAAUGAUUUAGAGACGAGGCAACUUUCAUAAAACAAUCCUAUUUUAAAAGAUCUAAUUUCACAUGCUUCCUUGAUUUAUAGUUUUGUUAAGAAAUAAUCUUUAAAAAAAAAAAGAAAAUCUUUUUUAAAUAUCCCAAAACCAUGAAAAAAAUAAAAAUAAAAUAUUUACAUAGCCUUCAAUUUCCUUGAUAGGAUUCAAUCACUACUGAAACAGUCUUCAUAUAAAGCAGUGGUUCUCAAAAUACAACCCAAGAGUCCUGGGGAACCCUGAGGCCAUUUCAGAAGAUAUCCACAGAUGAAAACUACUUUCAGGCUGAAGUUGUGGCUCAGAGUAGUAGAGUGCUUGCUUAGCAUGUGUGAGGCUCUGGGUUCAAUCCUCAGCACCACAUAAAAAUAAAUUUAAAGAAAGGUAUUGUGUUCAUCUACAACUUUAAAUUUAAAAAAAAAAAACCUACUUUCAUAGUAAUAUUAACAUGUCAUUGACUUUACACUUUCAUUGUGUCACAAGUUUACAACAGUUUUCCAGAAGCUAAAUACCACAACAAACUGAAUGAAGCAAUAACUCCAAAAUGCAGCUGUCACCCAUUAACCCAAACAUUAAAGAUAUUUGCAAAAACGUAUAAACAGUGUCACCAUGCUCAUGAUAUUUUUUUUGUUUUAGGAAAGAGUCACUUUUCAUAAGAACAUGAUAACCAGGUUAACAUGUAAUGUGUAUACUGGGUUCUUUUGGUGAAUAAAAUUCAAAUUCAAUUUUUACUAAACACAAGCCAUCUGGGCCUCAAUUUUUUAAGAAGUUUUUUGAUAUCAAAAAGCUGAAAAUCGCUGAUUUAAAUAUAUUUGGGUCCCUGCUCUGUUGUGUCCCUUAAUGAUAUACUUAAACAACUAAUACUGUGUAAAAACAGAAAAACAAAACUAUUCAUAAUUUAAAAUUGUUACCUAAUAUCAUUUUUAUUUAGAUGUAAGUAAAAUAUACACUAUAGCAUACAUUGUUAAUAUUUAUAUCACUUCCUCAGUGAUUCUUAUGGGAAAAAAGUCUGCACUUUAAACAUCUUAUUUAAAAAAAUUAUUUUUAGAUACCCCAGAAAAGUAAUAUCAAUAUAAGAAAUUUAGCUCUUUCUAAGUCAUCAGUUAAUUUUCUUUGGUUGGUUGAAGGUUGUUUUUUUUAAAUAGAGCCAUUAAAAAUUAGAUGUAACUUCAAACUUAUAUAGUAAGAUUUCAUAAAAGCUUCAUCAUACCAGCUUCUAAUGAACACAGGUCUUUUCUCCUUUGUCACCUAAUAAUUUAAGCAACAAUGCCACAUCAUCAAUGGUGUUUUUCUAAACUUCAUAGGAAGUUUGUAAUUCAGAUUUUACCUACUGAAAAAGUAUAAUCUCGCACAAAUAAAGAUGAAUUCUUGGGUACACAGGACAACAUUGUACCAUAAGUUGGGAAAAUCUCAGUCAUUAAUCAAAAUAGUGUUUAGGUAUGGAUAUAACAAUGGCUAAAUUAAAAAAAAAAAUGUGUUUAUUAAGGAGUUGGGGAUGUAGCUCAGUGACCUAGCACUUGCCUAACAUGUACAAGGUCCUGAACUCAAUCCCUAGCACCACAAAAGGAGAAACAAAUAGUAAGCAUAAUUUAUACAAUUUUUGAAUGGCUGAAAUAAAAUGCUUAUGAUAUAGAUGAGCAUUUUAAUAUGUUAAUUAUAAAAUUAUGAUGGAAAAGAUUACAUAAUUGAUAAUUCUUUUUUAAUUAAAGUCAAAUACAUUAGGAAGAGAGGCAAUACCCUGAUUUAAGGAUAACAUAGAUGACUGAAUCAUGCCAAAUACCUCAUUAACAAAAUUAUCUUACUUGGCCAAAUUUAAUGAAGACAAAUAAUUUUUUCUUACUAAAUAAGCUAAAUAUUGUUAUUCUCUUCAAUUACUCUGUACUCUUAAUUGCCACCACACAAAUUAUCUGCUUUGCAGUUACCCUUGUUAAACAGCUGACAUUAAAAUAUAUUCCUGAGGCUCUGUUCUCUUGUCAUCCUCUUGGAUGCCUUUAUCCUUUUCCUGAAUUCUUUCCAUAAAGUCCUUUUAAUUUUCUCUUGAGACCUAACUUUUCAAAACUAAAUCGUUCUAGUCCUAAAAAAUAAAGCAUGGAAAAGAGCUAAUAAUUUUCCAGGAUAUUCUUCCACCAAGCAAACUAAACUAAAUUAAACCAAAUUAGCUAGUUCUUCCAUCUUCUUUUAGACUUAAGAGCAAGCUUUUCAUUGUGUUAUUUUCCUAGCAAUUUCGUUUUUAUCUACGAAUAUAUGAAAAAAAUUUUUGAACAGUGGAUAACAUAACUGGGAGGAAAAUAUAACACCUAGAGUCAGGACUUCCAGCCCUAGCAAUUAAUAUGCAAUCCUCCAAGAUCAUUAUUUAUAUUAAGUUUAAUAACAUUCUAUGCCAAAACUAUAAAUUAAAAAUGCCGGGCUGGGAAUGUGGCUCUGGUGGUAGUGCACUCGCCUGGCAUGCGUGCGGCCCAGGUUCGAUUCUCAGCACCACAUACAAACAAAAAUGCUGUGUCCGCCAAAACUAAAAAAUAAAUAUUAAAAAUUCUCAAAAAAAAAAAAAAAGCCUGUAGUCAUUUUCUGUAUGGAAUGAGGACAAUCCAGGGGGUAGUUAUUAUUUCCAAGGCUUUUGGAAGUAAAGAAAUAGAAAAAUGUUUCAUGAUGUCAUAAUUUUCAAACUAUAAGAGAAUUAUGAUUCAGAAAGACAUUAAAAGACCCUAUAACCAUGUAUUUAUUAAUAUAGGAAGAGAGAGCUACCAGUUAUAAUACAAUGGAUAACCGGAGUUUAACAACAAAUCUCAAAUGCUUCUUAAAUUAAGCUGAUCUUUUUUGUAUACAGGACAUCAAAAAUAAACAGUUUAUGAAAAGAUGUUCUUCCUUGUGAAAUGGUCUUUAAAAUGUGACAGGAAAAUAAGCCUUACAUGAUAAAAUUAAAUUGUGUCUCAAGAAAAAAAAGUUAAAUUGUGUCUCCACUCACCAAUACCUGUGCUUCUUAAUUAAAAAGUACAAGUGUUUAUCUUCUAUUACUUUUAAAACAUUUACUGAGCAGGUAAACAAGCUAUAAUUCUAUAAAUUUAAUAAAAUCAAUCAAACUUUCA